GCACCGCUAAUUUCUAAAUGCCCGCUGCGUGUCAAUUUGGGUCUCAGUUUGCGUUCUCGUGUGCGGCUGUCAGCAGGCAGCCAGCGGCAGCAGGUCCGAGCCGAGCUUGAGGAUUCCGGCACGUAUUUCAUCACACGAGCCUCUGGAGACGUGGCUUUACAUUGACAUUGCAGAACCUUUUCAUUUGGAUCGUGGUGCCACUAAACGUGACCUUAAUGCAACUUUUCUUUUGGUGUGUGCCGUGGCUGCUUCAUCAUUUGACAAUCCCGACAAGAGUAGAUUAUUCUUUUUUUCUUUUUUGAAGAUGUUCCUCAAGAGGUGCGUUUUGCUGUUGAUUGUGUUCUGUGGGGUUCCGGUGCUCGAGGCUCACGAGUGCACGCCGUGCCAUCUGCGGACUUGCCCCGCCGAGGCGACACAAGGCUGCGACGGUGGGCGGACCGCGGCCAAGGAUCCAUGCGGGUGCUGCGAGCAGUGUGCCCGCCUGGAGUGGGAGCGGUGCGGGGGGCCGGACUGGAGCCUCGGCUACUGUUCCCUGGGGCUGACGUGCGCCUCUGUCAACUCGACUGGUGGCGCGGCCAUCCCUGAAAUUGGAGUCUGUAAAGUGCUUCCGGACCAUCCGGAGGCCGGCCUGGAAGACCAGCGAUGCCCACUGAUGACGGGCUGCGACAGAGCAGAUGGUCAGUGUGUUUGUGAUGCCAGGCACACCUGCCUCGGAUCUUUCACUUACCAAGACCAAGAGACUUGCAUGAAGGCCCAUCCAGAGGGUCGGAACCAAGAGCCGCGGGAAAGACACAGGCAGAAGUAUGUGGGACCGUCCGACCCGGCCUGCAUGUUCUCUGGAUGUAACCUGACCACUGACGGCUGUGUGUGCGAGUCUCAGAGCUGCAGCCACCACUUUGCCUUCAUCAACCGCAGCCAGUGCCAGGAAGCCGCAGAGGAGCUAAGGUGUGCCAGCGUUACCUGUCCUGCUCUCCAGGUGUCGUCGUGCCCAAAAGGCUCAGUCCUGACCAAGAGUUACACGCCUCCUGCUGGUUGCUGCCCCUCUCUCCCACCCCAGUGCACCUGUGACUUUGGGGCCUGCCGCCAGCCUCACUGCCCAAGUGGACAGCGUGCUAUGCCACUCAGCAAGGCCAACGGUCAGCCUGGAGACUGCUGUGAUGUCUUUGAGUGCCAGAAAGUCUCCCCUAAGUGUGUUCACAACGGAAAGGAGUUCUCCGAUGGAGAAGUGUACCGCAUGGAUCCUUGCUGGCUGUGUCAAUGCCGAGGAGGAAUCUCCUUCUGCUCCAAGGCAGAGUGCGCUGAGCUCGAUUGUGAGAACUUCUACAUUCCUGAGGGCGAGUGCUGCCCUGUCUGCAUAGAUGUGGAGUUACUGUCAGUGGACAGCACAAAGGCGAGCUGCUGGGUGAACAACAAGCUGCGAGCCCACGAGGAGCAGUGGAAAGAGGACGACUGCACUUUCUGCCAGUGUGUGGAUGGCGAACCGCACUGCACAGCCAUGGCCUGCAAGCAAAGCUGCCAGAAUCCCGUCAAGAUACCUGGAGAGUGUUGCCCCUUCUGCGAAGAACCUUCCUAUGAAACGGUCAGCCCCAUGCUGUGUCCUCCAUUGGAAAACUGCAGCCUUUCUGAGAAUGACUGUCCUUACGGCUUCUAUCAAGACAUCAAUGGAUGUCUGCUCUGCCAGUGUCUCAAUAAUGACUCCUGCCCUGACCUGGGAAAAUAUUGUUCCCUGCAAUGCCCCAUGGGAUACGAAAGGGACAACUUUGGCUGUGAGGUGUGCGAGUGCAGUAUCCCCGUGCCCAGGUGCCGACCUUUGACCUGCACCAAGACCUGCCCCUAUGGAUUUGUUCGGAACAAGCACGGGUGUGAGAUGUGUCGCUGUGUCAAGUGCCCCCCCUUCACCUGUGACAAGCACUGCAGUGACGGCUACAAGCAGAACAAGAAGGGCUGCUCCAUCUGCAUGUGUCAAGAGAACGUUCAUUCCCCCAGCACCACCGCCCCGAUCCCAGUUCCCAGCUUUUGCUUUACCGCUAAUGGCGACCGAUACGAGGAAGGCGAGAGCUGGCACGAUGGCUGCCGCGACUGCUACUGUCAUUCUGGAAGGGAGAUGUGCGUGCUCAUAUCUUGUCCUGUGCCCAGCUGCGCUCACCCAGUCAUGAAGCCUGACCAGUGUUGUCCUAUGUGUGAGGACGAGUCGGGUAGUGGUCUGCCGGAGGGGAUGGACAUGGUGGUCUGCAGAGCCCCUGGAGGGGAAUUUUAUGUGGAAGGGGAGACCUGGGACCUGGACGAGUGUACACGUUGCACCUGCAGACAGGGACGUGUCCUGUGCGACACUGAAGUUUGCCCACCGGCUCUGUGCCAGACAACUACCAAGAACAAGGACACCUGUUGUCAUGUGUGCCUAGAGGAGACAGAGAGUCCGCUGCUGCCAGUGAACACCAGCCAGCAGGAGUACUGCAUCACCAACGAUGGAGACGUGCUGCUGGCGGGAGACUCCUGGAAGACCAACGCUUGCACCAGCUGCAUCUGUAACAACGGCACCAUUCAGUGUUUCUCUCAGCGCUGUCCGCCUGCCAACUGCAGGGUGCCCGUCUUACGCAAGGGCCAGUGCUGCCCGUACUGUCUCGAAAUGACGACAUCUGCGCCAGUCUUGUUGUCGACCGUCGCCCCAAAAACAAGGGUCACUACAAGUGUGCGGCAGGCUGAUGAGAAUGCGGCUGUCACAGAACCGCCCAUUGUUGCAGACACAGAUGAGCCCGUUUUGGGUGAAGAUUACCCCAACCAAACAGAGAUGGCGCUCAUCUACCAGUCAGCUGCCUGGAUCCUGGCAGGUCUCCUCCUGGCCAUCAUCAUCUUCCUCAUUGUUGCCUUGCUUAUCAACAAGAAAAAGAAGUGGGUGCAGAUGUCCUGCUACAGUGCUCCAAAGAAGACCGUGAUCCUGAAGCAUGUGAACAAGAACCAGGUGGUCUAUAUGGAGCCCUCUAAGGAAAACAAGUUUCAGAAUGUGAAGAACGACUGUGGGAUUCAUUUCUCCCCUGAGAUGAGUUCUCCUUGUGCGGACAAGAUGACCAUCCCCAGAGCCAAGCUGGCAAACAACUGGACGGCGCGCUAACGUCAGCCAUCAGCAGAUCGGAGCUGUCCGCCACCUCAUGCUCUCUCUCGUACUGCUGUUAAUCUAUGGUGACUUGUGCAUACGCACGCACGCGCACGCUCUCACACACACACACACACACACACACACACCAUGGAAGCCGCCUGCUCCCCACGCUUCUCUCUAUGCGACUGGAAAACAAGAGGACUCCCCACGUUGCAUACAAAAACAAUUUCAUGUGACCUUUCUUGUGUGUUUGGACCUUUUCCAGCAUGGACGCCAACAUUGUUGAUGUGAGGUGCUGGGAGGACACACAGUCACUCUGCUUUACUGCACAAUCACUGAGACUUCUCAGUCACUCUGUAACUACAACAUUGUAACCUUAACUUUUUCUUUUGCCUCUUUUCGGACUACAAGGGGAGGAGAAUUGUUCUCGGGGGGGGGGGGGGGUCAAGCUCAGAGGUUUACAGCAUGCUGCCCCUCUCAGUGCUUCAUGGAUGUUGUCAGUACAAUUAGCAGGAAGGCCAAAAGAACUGGUAAUCCACUUGGAUCCACCAAAUUUUAACAGUCCAGCAGGUUUUAUAGACACCCUGCAUUAGAAUGUGUGGUUUCUGUUUAGUUUGUGUAUAUUGCAGCAGUACUGUAUUCAUAUUCAUAUUCAUGUUGUUCGAGGCCGAAUCUUGUUUUUUGUCGAUAUCUUCUUAGGUCCCAAUAUAUGCUGGUUGAAACAUUCCCAUCACCAUGUGAACAAACCUCACAAAAUGAUCGGUAAGAAUUCCCUCAGGAAUCUUCAAUGUCAAACAGAAGCUAACAGUUUUUCCACAACCUUAACAUGCAGCAGCCUGGUUUUCAGAUUUCAUCAUAUCUGGAUGCUAAAUCAGUGAUGGACAUCUAGGAAGAAUGUUAUUGGCAGUAGAGGAGACAGAAAUGGUGCAGUUUAGAAUGGUUUCAUCUAAACUUUUAAGGAAUGUCUAAUGCAGCUUCAGAACUGCAAAUAUGUGAAUGUUGCCAAUGAUUCCUUUUAAAGCCUUGAUGCUAACAGCCUUAAAGCUUUGUUUAUAACCUGUUUAAAUUGAACUGCUUUGCAAGCCCUUAAAAAAAACAAAAUGGUAAUAAUCACUAGUUAUUGAUGUCACCGGGCAGUUACAGUUUGUUUAACGCGUUGGAAAAAGGCAACAUGAGGUUCGUUAAAGCAAACCUUACAGAGAAACGUUAGCUUCAGAAGCGUUUGGAAGGUACGCCAGCUCGUAUAAAGGAGAAUAGUAUCUCUCUUGUUGCUAACGCCUCCAAUGUAUUGGACACAUUUGUUACUAAUGUUGUGGCUUAAAAUAACGUCAUAACUGUAAUGUGGAUCCAGGGAGCAAAUGAAAAAAAAAUAAUAAUAAUUCCCUCCACAACUUUGAACAGUAAGGCGGAAUAUAAGGGCCACAAAAUAAGUGUUAUGAGAAAAAACAUUUUUAACUAGACAAAAUAUAUUUUAAUCUGAAAAAACGGGACAGUAUUAUGAUAAAAAAAAAAAAUCUUGAUAAUGUUGCUAUUUUAACACACUAAAUAUUUAAAAUUUCUUAUACUAAAAUGUAACUUGACAAGAUCCUCAACUGUUUUAGUUUUAGUGUGGCCCAAAUACUCCGUAAAAUUAUGGGGAGAGAUUGUCUCAAAAUUGUUUACGCAAAUAUAUCUGCGAUUUACACAUCCAUCAAUCCAUCCAUUUUCUGUACCGCUUAUCCUCACUGGGGUCGCGGGCCUGCUGGAGCCUAUCCCAGCUAUCUUUGGGCGAGAGGCAGGGUACACCCUGAACUGGUCACCAGCCAAUUGCAGGGCACAUAUAAACAACCAACCUUUCACACCUACUGGCAAAUUAAGUCUUCAAUUAACCUACCAUGCAUGUUUUUGGGAUGUGGGAGAAAACCCACGCAGGCACAGGAAGAACAUGCAAACUCCACGCAGGCAAGGCCGGAUUUGAACCACCGUCCUCAGAACUGUGAGGCAGAUAGGCUAAGCCCAGCGUGCCGCAACUACGUUACGUUUGUCUCAAAAAUAAAUGCGGGUGCCCACUGAUCCACAAACGCACCAACAAUUUACAGUCAUAAUGCCCACACAACAUAAAAAAAAAAAAAAAACAUGCAAAUCACAGGUGGAUUUGAAAACCGCGUGUAAAUAAUUUUGAGACAAAUCUCUCCCCAUAUAAAACCGGUUAAUAGUGUUUGCACCUAACAUUACAACGAGCGCAUGUUUUUUUUUAAAAGUAGCACUUUCCGGCUCUUUUUUUUAACUGCCAUUGCAGGAUUCUUAGAGGGAUAAACAUGCUAAUCAGGGAUUUGAUGGGUGCAUUAAACCACCCCCGUAAACAGACAUUGUUCAAGCUGGAGGCCACUGGACCAAUCGGAUCAGAUUAGAAUUAUUUUUUUCAAUCAGCACUCAAACCAGUGCUAACCUCUCUCCACAACAGAUUGUGAUGCCAAAAUUGGUAGAUGUGUUUUAGUGACUCAGUAGGUUUGUUUGACUUAUGAUCAUGUGCUUUAAAAUGAAGAGUGUGAAAGAUUCCCUGUUCUUUGUUCUACUUUGUGUAAAAAGCUAGCCUAAAUUAGUUGAGCAGAAGAGUACCCUAUUUAUUUUUUCACAUAGCUUUAUUUAUUAAUACUAAAGUCUGAGUUUUUUUUUUUUUUUGAAGUAUGAAUUUUGGUAGCCAAAGCUGCUGUACAAUUUAGAGCAUUUACACCAAUCUGCUAUAUUCAGUACUGCCUUAUUUAUUUCUCUGUUCCAAGCCCUGUAAAUAAGUAAAACUGUAACCUUUACUCAUUUUGAGAAAUAAACGUGUGAAACAGUGUUGUACCCUGAACAUAAUCUGCUCAGAUGCAGCCAUUCAA